AUGGCUUUUACCUCACACUUAGCCAUUGCUCUUCUGUUCUCUGUUCUCAAUCUAUGUCUUCAAGGCACUUAUGGUGACUAUGGAGGAGGAUGGGAAGGUGGUCAUGCCACAUUUUAUGGUGGCGGUGAUGCCUCUGGCACAAUGGGAGGUGCUUGUGGAUAUGGAAAUUUGUAUAGCCAAGGGUAUGGAACCAACACUGCAGCUCUCAGCACAGCUCUGUUCAACGAUGGCUUGAGCUGUGGGUCUUGUUAUGAGAUGAGAUGUGACAGUGACCCCAAAUGGUGCCUCCCCGGCAGCAUCAUCGUCACUGCCACAAACUUCUGCCCUCCUAACUUAGCUCAGUCUAAUGACAAUGGUGGCUGGUGCAACCCUCCUCUCCAGCACUUUGAUUUGGCUGAGCCUGCCUUCUUACAAAUUGCUCAAUACCGAGCUGGAAUUGUCCCCAUCUCCUUCAGAAGGGUUUCUUGUGUGAAAAAGGGAGGGAUAAGAUUCACCAUCAACGGUCACUCUUACUUCAACUUGGUUUUGAUCACAAACGUUGGAGGUGCAGGGGAUGUGCACUCUGUUUCAAUCAAGGGGUCCAAAACAGGGUGGCAAGCCAUGUCAAGGAACUGGGGCCAGAACUGGCAGAGUAACUCUUACCUCAAUGGCCAGGCUCUAUCUUUCCAAGUCACCACCAGUGACGGUAGAACUGUGACCAGCAAUGCUGUGCCAGCUGACUGGCAGUUUGGUCAAACAUUUUCGGGCGGUCAAUUCUAG